ACUGGAAUGGCAGGAGAUUAUCUCAAUUCAACGCUUUUUGUGGAUCAAAUUUAUGGUUUUUACCAAUGGACUCAGUCAUUAUCAGAUCACAGGACGAAAGGAUGGCUGAUGGUGGACUCACCGGUCCCAACGUUCGUUUACACGACUAUGUAUCUGAGUAUAGUGUGUAUAGGACCCAGGUUGAUGCGGGACAGGCGGCCUUUCAGGCUCAACUGGCUCCUCCUCCCUUAUAAUUUCGCCAUGGCUGCCCUGAAUUUGUACAUCGCAAUAGAGCUCCUCAUUGCCUCGACAAGACUGAGGUAUAGCUACGUCUGCCAGCCGGUGACUUUCGUAAAUAGUGAAGAGGAACUUCGGAUAGCGAACGCUGUGUGGUGGUACUACUUCUCGAAGUUGCUGGAGUUCUGCGACACGUUCUUUUUCAUUCUUCGGAAAAAGGACAACCAGCUGACGUUCCUCCACGUGUACCAUCACUCGACUAUGUUUGGGCUCUGGUACAUCGGCAUCAAGUGGGUGCCCAGUGGGUCCACCUUCCUCCCGGCCAUGGUCAACAGUUUCAUCCACGUCCUCAUGUACUCCUACUACGGUCUCACCGCCCUCGGUCCCAAGACUGCCAAAUACCUUUGGUGGAAGAAGUACCUCACCAUACUUCAAUUGAUCCAGUUUACAACAGCCUUGAUUUUGGGUAUCAAUGGAAUUCGCUCCGGUUGUAAUUUCCCGCUAUGGAUGCAGUACUUACUUGUUGUCUACAUGAUUUCUUUCAUCGUGUUAUUUGGAAAUUUCUACGCUCAAGCCUAUUUGAAAAAGGGCCAGGAUGCAUUUCAACGAAAUAUUUGCAGCAGUCAUCUAAUAUCGAACGAAGAUUACAACGAAAUUGAGAAUCAGGAUGGCCAAGAGGGGAAAAAGUCGAACUAACCGAACACUCAACAUUUGCGAUGGCCAAUGCACGAUCUUAUAUCUUGCGCAGAUUUUUCCUCGUGAUGAUACUUCAAAGAAAACUAUUUCCUCCAUGCGGCAUUGGACGAAAGAAAAAAAAACAUCGAAUAAUUUAAAAAUGAUCUUUUUUAGUUAAGUCAAUUAUAAUGAUGAGAUUGACAAUAAUUGAGUUGGCUCACAAUGAUUAUUGCGGAACUCUAAUUUCGUACAAUUUUGAAAUUUUUUGUGCAACCGAAUAAUUUUUUUCUCUGUACCUUUUCGUUUAGAGUAUUGACCUGUAGGUGAAGUGUAAAAACCAUUGGAUGCCUCAAGCCUCAUAAAAUGAACUCAGGUGGCUUUCAUCAUCACAAAAAAAAAUUAGGGGAGAUCAAUUAUAGGAGAAAAAAGUAUUUUCAAAAGGUUUGAAUGUGACAGUAACUAGAUUUCUAUCAUGCCAAAUAAUUAGGUCAUAAAUACGAUACGAGCGUAAAAGUCCUCCAAAGUUAGUCUUCCCUACCUCUCUGAUGCCUUUUUUCUUCGAUGAGGGAAGUAUGAGAACAACAUCUUAUCAGACUGUGGAUGAGAGAUUUUUCUUCAAAUGAAAAUCAUUCCAUCCAACAUGCCAACCACAAUCGGGUCGAUUGUUAAAUCGUUAUCGAAUCACCUGCAUCGGUUUAUCCCUCUUAGCAAUGGUUUUACAUAGAUCAAGCUCGAUUGAUAACGAUUCAAUAAUCGACCCUAAUGGGUUACUAGAAGGGGUCUGCGAUAGAAAAACACGUAACAAGUUAUCUCUUCAUAACCGUUUAUACAUAUAACCGACCCUCAUCGUAAUCAAUUCUCCAUUCUCGAAAUCGAAAUCUUAAAUCAAGGCGAUGGACAGGUAUAUGUAUAUUACCGUACAACGAAAGUUUUCUUGCCUAAACGGAAAAAUGAAGGCGCGCUUAGCCCGUUACACACAAGAGACACAAGACCCUCUAAAGCAGGAAUCAUCAUCUCAGCAGCCCUGCCCAAGUAGUCCGCUUAACGGACUCCAUGUUUUUUGGACGGCUAUGUAACUCUCACAAAAAUUGCGAGUAAAACUCUAAAGACCAAGUGCAAUUAUUGUAUUGUAUUAAUUCAUACCUGAUCUCUUGUGAAAAACUACGCACAAACUUUCUUUUUUUUCAUGGUUUUAUCAGUAUUAUAUUUAUUGUCCCCUCCAAAGAAUCGUUCUUUUAAUUUUAACUUUUAUCCUCGAAUACGAAUGUGUAAAAAGUUUCAAUAAACGAAUUAACCACAUACUUAUGUAUUCGUAGAGUUUUCAGUGCAUUGAAUCAACCAAACCUGUCUCCUUACUCGAUUUACAUUUCACAGACUAAUAUUAUCUCGGGCUGAAUUGAAUGUAAGCGUCUCUCCAUUUCACUUUCCCCCCGUAAUCCCAUUAUUCCCGUAGGGAGUAGUUAGUAGUACUUCAAAGUGAAAUUGAGUGUAUGAGGCGUAGAAUAAAUUGAAUGAACUCAAGGA